AUGAAAGAUGAAAACAAUCAAAAUCAUGCUCCGUCUUACAGUGCAAAGAGAGGCCAGUGGGCCAACAAGAGGGAGUUCAUUUUGUCAGUAUCCGGACAGAUCAUUGGUCUGGGCAAUGUUUGGAGAUUUCCAUAUCUGUGCUUCAAAAAUGGAGGUGGAGCUUUCCUGAUCCCCUAUGUAGUGUUCCUGUUCACGUGUGGAAUUCCCAUCUUUUUUCUGGAAAUAUCUCUGGGGCAGUUAACUGGUCAGGGUGGGAUCACAUGUUGGAGGAAAAUAUGUCCCAUAUUUGAAGGUUUAGGCUACGGCAGUCAAGUUACAUUGUUAUACAGUGUGGUGUAUUACAUUGUCAUCCUGGCUUGGGCCUUCCUCUACCUCUUCGUCUCCUUCCACACCGUUCUCCCCUGGGCCAGCUGCAACAACACCUGGAACACAGGUGAGGGUAGGAACGAAAAAUGGCCUGGUAGACAGAGAGCUUUCCUUCUGGCUCAGCUCUCUUUCGUCACAGCGUAA